AUGAAAUAAAGUUAAUUUUAAUAUAACUACACUAACGACCCUCGAAGCCAAGAUGAAUAAUUAAACCAUUCUAAGAUUAUAGAAUAUUACAGUAAAAGAAAUUUUAAGGCAUUUUUGCCUUAUGUAUAGUAACAGUUACAAAAUUAAUGUAUUGAUAAAAGUAAUAAUAUUAAGUUAAAUGUUAACACAAUGAAGUUUGAAGAUGAUAGAUAUGUAAAUUAUAGAGAUAAUAUUGAUUAUAGAGAUUAAUUUGAGUUAAAGAAUAAGACUAUCAUAUUUAUUACAGGUGUUCCAGGAGGAAUUAACUAUUAUAAAAAAAUAUAAAAUAGUAUUGGGUAAUAAUUUUGUAGAAUGAUUGAUAUCUACAUUCCAGGGUUUGAUAAGAAAGAUGAAAGAAGAGGUUAAUAUUAAGGAGGGAUAGAUUAGAUAGCAAAGCUAAUUGAUGAUUUUAUGAUUAAAAUAGGAAUUUAGUCAGCAGUAUUUUUAGCACAUUCAUAUGGUGGAAUUGUGGUCAAGAAUUUCAUAUACUUUAAACCUCAUAAAGUAGAAGGAUUUAUAUAAAUCUGUACAGUCCCUAUGACCUUAUGGGAAGGUCAAAAAAAGCUAGAACAAUUAGAACAUUAAAAAUAUAACUUGGAUUUUAACAAAAUUUCUUAUGAAACAUUAUCUGAUGAAAAUUUUAGAUAACAAUUAAAAUACAAAAUAAUUUAAACUAAAGAAUCUUUACAGAUGCUGUCAGAGUAAGAAAAAUUUUAGCUUGGCCCUAUAGUGGCCUUUUCUUUUUAAGACAUAAUUACUAUGCUCAAAAUACGUUUAAGUGUUUAUGGAAAGUAUAAUGAAAUUUUCCAUAGGUUUAGAUAAUUAAAUUAAAAUAUACCCAGGAUGAUUGCUUAUUCUAAAAAUGAUGUUUUGAUAUCAGCAAAUACAAUAGAAGAGGAGAUAUAUCAAUAUAUAUUGAGUGAAAAUGCUCUUAAAAGAAGAAUAACAAAAUUAGAAUCUCCAGAACCUCAUUUAGAUCUAAAUAAUUUCUCUUCAAAUUAUAUUUUUAGAUUUGAUGACACUACUCAUUUCUUAUAAAAUGAGAAAAGUGAGGAAAUAGGAAUAAUUGCAAAAAAUUUUAUAAAAUAGAUUGACUCUACUUAAAUUAUAAACAAUAAACCUAAUUUAUGA